GAAAAAUGGAGACCGGGCCGGUGAAAUUAUGUGUCCAAGAAAUCAUCAAAUUAGACCUUCAGAUACUUGCAUUGAUACAGGACAUCAAAAAAUGCAAUGGUCCUUUGGAGGCUCUUGAGGGAUUCAACUUAGAGGCAUCACAGAAAAUACAAAAUCUAAAGAAUAGAAUUCAGGAUUUAGAAAGACUUGCCAAAGAACAGGAUAAAGAAACAGACAAAAUAGCAAUCAUCAAAGAUGCAGAAAAUUACAAGAAACAGCUUACAAGCACACAUCAGUCACUGCGAAGAGCCAACAUCGCUUGUCAGAUAGCCAUUGAAAAGAAAGAAAAAGAACAGUUGUUUGAUGGAGGGACUCAAGCCAGACGAAGAUUGAGGUCCAACAAGGAAACAAUUGCCAAGACGACCUCUAAUAUAACAGAAAGUCUUAUGGCUGUAAGCAGGACACUUUCAGAAGAGGUACAGCGGAGUGACCAUACCAUGUCAACAUUGAUUCAAUCUUCAGACCAAGUAAAAGAAACGAAUGAAGAGUUCAAAGGAAUGACAGGACACAUACAAAUAUCUUCAAAACUGUUAACCAAAUACAACAGGAGAGAAAUAACGGACAAAUUCUUGAUAUUUCUCGCACUGGUGUUUUUCUUUGCAACAGUGUUAUACAUUGUGAAAAAACGUGUUUGGCCAACUUAAUAUUUCAUUGUAUGUAUUGGAUGAAACAAAAGGCAACUCGGAUGGAAAAAAGAAUUGGGAGUUAUCCCAAUGAAUAUACUGUACAUACAAA